AUGCCGUCGUCAGAUGAGUUAAAAGAUGAAGGGAAUAAGGCAUUUAUUUCUAAAGAGUAUAAGAAGGCUGCCAAAAUAUACAGAGAUGCAAUUCAAUUAGACAUGUAUAAUCCAACACUAUAUUCAAAUAGAGCACAAUGUUUUUUAAAUCUACAGGAUUAUGAAAGAGCUUUGAAAGAUGCAAUAAGUGGCCUAAAUUUAGGUGCCUCGAAGCAAUUGUCAGUAAAAUUAACGUACAGAAAAGCAAUGGCGUUAAUAGGAUUACAGCGUUGGCAAAGUGCAAAAGAAGCAUUUGAACAAGUACUAAACUUGGAUCCUAGUAAUCAGUCAGCUAAAUUCGAAUUGGCAAAAUUGCAAACAAAGAAAUCAGUAAAGUCAAAUAAGGAGGGCAUCAUACCUAUUCACAAAGUAGAUAAAUUACCAGAUCGGUUUGAAGAGAUGCUAAAUCCCAAAUCAAAAGUCACAGCUCAAAAUAAUACUACCACGAAACAACCACAACAAACAUCAGCCGAAUUGGAAAAGGAGAUGAAUGAACUAUUUGGAGAAUCAAAAACAACUACCGAACCAGAAAUUGAGGAAACAAACUUGACAAAACCACCACUAGAAGAGAGCCUGCCAAUGCAACUUUUAAACGCACUAAAAUAUCUACCGAGUGCUCAAAAAAUCAAUGGAUAUAAGUACGUAUUAAAUCUUGAUCAACUAUCUUAUACGAAGUUGUUUUCUGAGAGUGGAAUAGAUACAGAGUUUUUAAAUUUUUUUCUAGAUGCUUCUCAAUAUGCGUUACAAGAUGAAUUGGUACCAAAUCCGAAUCAAGUUGUGUUGUCUCACUUGAAACUAUUUCAAACAUUCAAAAGGUACGGUUUAGCUAUUUUAAUGUGUGAUGAAGAUGUAAAGAAAUCGAUACUAGAGAUUGUGUCCAAUAAGUAUUCACAGGAUUUGAAUUUAUAUACAAAGCUUAUACAAUAA